UUAUUUUAUUUUUAAUCUUGUCAUUCUCAUUUAUCAAGGAAGAUGAUGAAUUUAGGUUGGUGUAAGAUGAUUAAACCACUUAUAAUCAUAUUUAUAAUAGGGAAAGCCCCAAUGCCGAAACCCAAUCAACCGAUGGUAAGGAUUCAUCUGCAUAUAAUUCUCCUUUGCGUUCUAUAAUUAUCUAUAUAAUCGCCCUCUCUCUUUAUUCCCAAAUAGAGAGAAAAACAGUCGGAGCAAAUAUGGGAAUUAUACUGUACCACGAGGUGCAGGAGUCCAAACUGUGCGCCCUGCAUUGCGUGAACGCCGUUUUGCAGGGCCCCUUCUUCUCCGAAUUCGACCUGGCGGCGAUGGCGGCGGAGCUCGACCGUGCCGAGCGGCAAGUGAUGCUCGCCGCCUCCGGCGAUUUCGAGCCGGAGUUCUCCCAUAACGUUUCCCCAGAUGGGGAUUUCAGCAUACAGGUUCUUGAAAAAGCCCUUGAGGUAAUGGACCUGCAAGUCAUCCCCCUAGACAGCCCGGUGGCCCAGCCCGCAAAAAUCGAGCCCGGAGCCGAAAACGCCUACAUCUGCAAUCUACUAAACCACUGGUUUUGCAUCAAGAAAGUCGAGGGCGAGUGGUACAAUUUCAACAGCUUGUACCCAGCUCCCGAGCACUUAUCGAGAUUCUACUUAGCUGCCUAUCUCGACUCGUUAAAGGGCUCUGGUUGGAGCAUAUUUCUCGUGAGGGGGAAUUUUCCACUCGAGCGGCCCGAAGUGGGCCCAAACGGGCCCAUUAGGGGUCGGUGGCUCUCUCCCGAGGAGGCCAAAGGGAUACUCGUCCGUCGGGCCCGAACGAGAUGGGAUAAGCCCCGAAGGAAGAGACGGGCCCCGAUUUUGGUGAGUGAUGAUGACGAGGAUGAUGAUGACGAGUGCUUGAAGGAGGCGAUUGCUGCAAGCUUGAAGGAGUCUUCUUCUUGUUCGUCUUCUUCAUCGGGGGCCCGUUUGGAUGAGAACGGGCUGGAAGGAAAUGGCGGGAAAGGUUGUGAGGCGAGCGAGAAUCGAGCCAAUGGCGGUGGCUCGGAGAACGAUGGGAAUGGAGUGGAGAGCGACCGGAAAAGGGCUCGUGUUGAAGGUUGAGUGGUGUGUGUGUUGUGUUUUGAUGGUUUUUAG